AUGACGCUACAGGUUUCAUUUGAUAAGCUGAAAACGCAUGGCUAUGCUUUACAGCUUGCCAACAAUAUCAAGAUUGCCUUAGCUUUAGACCUGGCUAAAGACGGGGUGAGCUUUAAGCUUAAUGAAGAAACUGAUGAGCCUCGGGCUGAAGAUGUCAAAUCUAAUUUCCGUCUCUUCAACGCCAACGCAAUUUUAAGAUAUGCAUUGAACGAUUUCGAAGGUUUGCAAGAUCCCGAAUCUCACUACGCACUCUCGUCGCUCGAGGCUUUGUUGUAUCACGAUGCGACAGCUCCCAAGGAACACCUAGAGGAAAAUGUGUCCAAAUCGCUUGAAAAUUACGUUUCUCUGGACAAAGUUGCAGCGACGAAUUUGAUCACUUUUGCUAACACGUACGCAUUGAGUCCCGCGCAUUUUGAGCAGAAAUUUGCGAAGCUGCCUGAAGUUUUGGCUAAGGCCGUCGCCACGGCUAAGUUGAAGACUCCACGUACCGCUGCUUCCUUCCAGCAUACUGGCGCCCAGAAACUAGAUUCUUUGUUUUUCGUCGAGAAGCGUAGCUCAGAAAUCUUACCUAUCGACGGUAAACGGAACAUUUUGAUUACCUCUGCGCUUCCGUACGUUAACAACGUUCCCCACUUGGGUAACAUCGUUGGUAGUGUCUUGUCUGCUGAUAUUUACGCGCGUUACUGUCGGGCCAGAAACUACAAUGCUCUAUUUAUCUGUGGAACCGACGAAUACGGUACGGCUACUGAGACUAAGGCUUUGGAGGAAGGCUGCACCCCUCGUGAGCUCUGUGACAAAUACCAUAAGAUUCACAGCGAAGUUUACAAAUGGUUCCAAAUCGAUUUCGACCAUUUUGGUCGCACCACUACUGACAAGCAAACUGAGAUUGCCCAAGAUUUCUUUGUCAAGUUGAACAAAAAUGGGUACUUGGAGGAGCAAACCAUGAAGCAGUUAUACUGCGAGCAACACAAUGCCUAUCUUGCUGACAGAUUUGUUGAAGGUGAGUGCCCCAGGUGUCAUUACGAAGAUGCUCGUGGCGAUCAAUGUGACAAGUGUGGUGCUUUGCUCGAUCCUUUCGAACUUAUAAACCCUCGUUGUAAAGUGGACAAUGCUACCCCUGUGCCUCGUAACUCAGAACACAUUUUCCUCUCUCUCGACAAACUUGAGCCCAAAAUCGUAAAAUGGGUUGACGAAGCUUCUACCAAAGGAGCUUGGUCGAAGAACUCGAAGACUAUUACUCAGUCUUGGUUGAAGGAAGGACUGCAGCCCCGUUGUAUCACAAGAGAUCUCGUUUGGGGUACUCCAAUCCCAUUGGAAAAGUACAAGGACAAAGUUCUUUACGUUUGGUUCGAUGCUACGAUCGGGUACGUCUCCAUCACGGCGAACUACACUAGCCAAUGGGAAAAGUGGUGGAGAAACCCGGAAAACGUUAAUUUGUAUCAGUUCAUGGGUAAGGACAACGUACCUUUCCACACAGUCAUUUUCCCUGGGUCUCAGAUCGGUACCGAAGAUGAGUGGACCAUGUUGCACCAUCUCAGCACUACUGAGUACUUGCAAUACGAAGGCGGCAAAUUCUCCAAGAGUCGUAACAUUGGUGUUUUUGGUAACAACGCCAAGGAAACCGGACUAUCCCCAAGUAUUUGGAGGUACUACCUUGCUUCUGUCAGGCCAGAAUCCAGUGAUUCUCACUUUUCUUGGAGCGAUUUUGCUGCAAAGAACAACAAUGAGCUCCUUGCGAACUUGGGUAACUUUGUUAACAGAGUGGUAAAAUUUGUUAACGCUAAAUACAAUGGCGUUGUGCCUCAGUAUGAUACGGCUGAUUUGCCUGGUUACGGUAAACUGAAGGAAGACCUGGACAAAAUCCUGACAUCUUACGUUUCCGAAAUGGAGCAAGUUCACGAAAGACGUGGUCUUGAAAUUGCUAUGUCCCUGAGUGCCCGUGGUAACCAGUUUUUGCAAGAACAAAAACUAGAUAACACUUUGUUCUCGCAAAAUCCUGCCAAAUCCGAUGCCGUUGUCGGUGUCGGCUUGAACAUCAUCUACGCGGUCGCUUCCAUCAUGUGGCCCUACAUUCCAGAGGUUUCCGAGCUAAUUUUCAAAAUGCUGAAUGCUCCUCAACUGAAGAUCGAAGAUCAAUUCCAUCUAAUUGUACGUGGAGGUCACAACAUUAACAAGGCUGAAUACUUAUUCCAACGUAUUGAAGAAGAACAAGUUCAAGCGUGGAGAGCUCAGUACGGUGGGAAACAGGCAUGA